AAAGCCGCGGGGCCGCCCGGGACUGGGAGCGUCAGUGGCUCUUGUCUUCCCCUCCUCAAACGGGUCCCCGAUUUCCAGGUCCCCGGCAGAUAGGCCGGACUAGGGAGAGGCCUGACUCCGCUCUUGGUGCGCGGAGGACCCAAGAGCUCUGCUCCGGCCUCUCUCCCCCUCCCCCGCCUCCUCCGAAGCAAUCGUGCUUAAGUGCUAAGUUCGAAGAAAAGUCUUUGAAAACUCGCACUGCAGCCUAAGCAAUGUCGCCGAGGGUUGAGUCUCAUUCCCCCUUCGCCCAAGAGCUCUGGCUGUUUCCCUUUCGUCUUCUUCCCUGCAAACUCGGUUCCUCCAGCCCAGGCCUGGGGUCCCGGAGAAUAGAAUCUUGGAGCUUCCUUAGCUACACUUCUCUCCCUGAACUCCGUAGCCCGCUCCCAGGCCUGUUUUUGAGUUCCCGCGAAGGCGGGUGAAGCGACAGGUCCUCUGGGGCCCAGUCCCACUCCUCCAGCGCCACUUCCUGAUCCUGAGAACAGCGCCUCAGAUUCGGGGCAACUGGGAAAGCAAGGCUUCUCGAUCUUCUGGCCCGGGUCAGUGCAAGCUGUGCCGCCGAGGCCUAGUUCUCUAGUUUGGAUGGGGUUCUGCGGCCGCGGGUUCAGCCAGUACGAUUAGCAGAGCGCGCGGGACCUACCGUACUCAGGCUUCCCAAAUCCGCGAGACUUUCUGGGGCUACAGGCCGGUCACCUUUCAGCUCCCACUGGGACCAUAUUGUCCGCGGCCAGGACCCGGCGGAGAAAAGGACAGACUUGCGCUGGCAAAGAAGGGCCUGCGGCUGUAGAGAGGUCUGUAGAGAGGUGCCUAUGAUCACAGACCAUGUCUUAGAACAGCCACAUCCACAGUGGCUCCUUCUGUGCCUCCAGGCCGCCUCUGGGGGAGCUGGGCCAGGAACUGUGGUUGCUGGGAUUCCGAGUGACCAAUCCUUCAGCGGCUGGGCACAGAGAGGUCACCUGGAGGGGUGGCUGUGGACUUUGGAGCCUGGAUCCAGUCGCGGGGACCUUUGAAGGAAAGUACCCUAAGUGGGCAAUGCGUCCAGGAGAGGCCCAGGUUCUGCUAGCCCUCUGCAGUGCCCCAGUGGGUUCUCUGAAGUUUCUCCCUCACGUCCGCCUUUUAAAACAUUUGAAACAAAACGAAAGAACCUCUCAUGCGAUGGGCAGCCUGACGCCAGGGAGCCUAGUAAACGUUUGCUUGUGUAGUAUGAGGCUGCUUUCCACCAGACCAGAAUUUUGCCUAGACGUGAGACCUUGCACACUCCUUGCUUCAGGCUCUGACCUCCCCGGGUUGGCUCUGCUUUUAACCUCUCUCCAUUCCUAGCGAUGCCCUACGAGUGUCUUUGACCCAUUCCAAGCCCAAAAAGAGGCGAUGACAACCUUUUCAAAGAAGCUGAGGUCUUUGGGGCCAAGCCCCCAGACGCAAUAGAGCUUGAAGGACUGCGCGGUGGGAGCCCCGCACUGCGCCUGGCCCCGGCCCCCUGGAUCCUUCGGGACGCCUCCACCCGGCUGUUAGCAUGAUGUCUUACCUCAAACAACCCCCUUACGGCAUGAACGGGCUGGGCCUGGCCGGGCCCGCCAUGGACCUUCUGCACCCCUCCGUGGGAUAUCCGGCUACCCCGCGGAAGCAGCGGCGGGAGCGCACCACCUUCACGCGCUCGCAGCUGGACGUGCUGGAGGCGCUCUUCGCCAAGACUCGCUACCCUGACAUCUUCAUGCGCGAGGAGGUGGCGCUCAAGAUCAAUCUGCCAGAGUCCAGAGUCCAGGUCUGGUUCAAGAACCGCCGUGCCAAGUGCCGCCAGCAGCAGCAGAGCGGGAGCGGCACCAAGAGCCGCCCAGCCAAGAAGAAGCCGUCCCCGGUGCGGGAGAGCUCGGGCUCGGAAAGCAGCGGCCAGUUCACGCCGCCCGCUGUGUCCAGCUCCGCCUCGUCCUCCAGUUCGGCGUCCGGCGCCUCCGCCAACCCGGCGGCUGCGGGCCUGGGAGGGAACUCGGCCGCGGCGGUCCCGUCGUCGCUGAGUACGCCGGCCACCUCGUCCAUCUGGAGUCCGGCCUCUAUCUCGCCAGGCUCAGCACCCGCGUCGGUAUCGGUGCCUGAGCCGCUGGCCGCCCCUAGUAGCGCAUCGUGUAUGCAGCGCUCGGUAGCCGCGGGCGCUGCGUCAGCGGCAGCCUCGUACCCCAUGUCCUACGGCCAGGGCAGCAGCUACGGCCAGGGCUACCCCGCGCCCUCCUCCUCCUACUUCGGCGGCGUGGACUGCAGCUCCUACCUAGCGCCCAUGCAUUCGCACCAUCACCCGCACCAGCUCAGCCCCAUGGCACCCUCCUCCAUGGCGGGCCACCACCACCACCAUCCUCACGCGCACCAUCCAUUGAGCCAGUCCUCAGGACACCACCAUCACCAUCACCACCACCACCACCAGGGCUACGGCGGCUCCGGGCUUGCCUUCAACUCUGCCGACUGUUUGGAUUACAAGGAGCCUGGUGCCGCCGCAGCUUCCUCCGCUUGGAAACUCAACUUCAAUUCGCCCGACUGUCUGGACUAUAAGGACCAAGCUUCAUGGCGGUUCCAGGUCUUAUGAGCCCAGGAGUGGAAGAGGAGAAACGCACUACCUGCGUCCUCCGCAGUCCCGUCCUGCUGCUGCACCACCCGCCUUUGCCUCGGCUUCUCCAGACUUGAAUUCUCAUGCCCCCAAAAGAUGCCCUUUGCCUGCACUGCCACCCUCAUCUUCGUGCCAUUUGCUUGGGAGAUGUGCACACCCGCCCACCCCUUGGAUGAGGGGGAUCGGUGCUUUGGCUUGGCGCACAAGUUCGGUAGGCGAGCUGUGUGCUCCCCUCCUCAAGCCCUAACAAACUCCUAAGUCAGCCUCUUCCAGUCUUUCUGGACAGUUAUACACUUGGAGUCUUCGGAGGCUUUUCGCUCUGACUUGUUGUUUGGGCACUACACUUUUAUUUAUUCUUUCUGGAGACUGGAGUCACUAACUGGCAUGUGUCUGCCCAUUGGCGUGCACCACACUCUACUCCAAAUCAAAAUAGCCACUAAGUAUUUCUCGCGUGCACAUUGCUGCCCCUUCAGCUGCCCUUGGCCCAGAUCCCCGCCUGCAGGCCAGAGCUUCCCGGCGUUCCCUCCUCCCGAGCCGGACGAGCUGGGGCAAUGCCCCAGGGAGCAGAGCGCCCCUACGCUCUCGCGCACAGCCCCGCCCUGCGUAGAACUGGCUCUAGCUUCCGCCUCGGCGGCGGGAAUGUUGUACAUAGCCAGGCCCGUUCCAGGGACCACUUAAACUUUUAAGUUGCUGUUGGUUGAACUGAGCAUAUGUCAUCUUAGAGCCCAGGAAAUAGAACUUUAAGAUACAUACAGCAUAUAUAUAUACAUAUAUAUACGUACACACAAACACACACACAAACAUACAUAUAUAUAUAAAACAAAAGCAAAAAAUAUUUUCCCUCAGUCCCCCUUUCUCGCUUUCUCCAUCGAUGGCGCUUUUACUUUUUCUGUUGUUGCAAAGCCUACCCUCUCACACCUUCUCUCUCUUGUGUAUUUAUUAAAGAGGACCUUUUGAUUACUGGAAGCUGGGCUCGGAGGAGUGGGAGGGCCCGCGAGUGUGCAGGAAACAACCAGGUUAGGGUACAGGGGAGGGGCUAGGCUAGGCGGGGGCGCAGGACUGAGCCCUUCACCAGGUCUAAGCACAGGGUUGCCGUUCAGGUUUAGAGACCAAAAACAAACAAACAAAAAAAAAACGUCAUUAUGGAAAAACAAAC